AAGCUUAUUAGGAGUUGGCUGUUCACUUUCUCUGGAGGAAGGGGACUCCAGUCUCUACUGCGAGCUGUGCGAUAAGCAGUACGUGAGACACCAACAGUACGACAAUCACAUCAACUCCUACGACCACCACCACAAGCAGCGCCUCAAGGAGCUGAAACAAAGGGAGUUUUACAGAGCGUUGGCCUACAGGAGGCAGAGGAGACGCAGGGAGGAGCAGAGAGAGGAGAGAGCGCUGAGGAGGCUCCACAAGCAUGAAGAGAGGAGGACAGGAGAGUGUGCUCCAGGUUCUGGUCCCAUGUUCAGGUCCACCACAGUGGCAGUCGAACCAGCAAACCAGACCAGGCCAGACUUUGUACAGAACUGGGCUGACAUCCAUACAAGCAGCACCCCGCUGGGAACAAAGCCUCAAACCCCGCUGAUUCAGCCCUUCCUACCGCUGGACCCUGCACUGGAAACCAGACUCCUGAGCAACACACAAUGGGCAUAUGGCCAAAUGGACACGAACAACACUACAACUACAACUGCUGAAUCCUGCAUCCUCAACAAGACCCAAAUGGACUACAAUGACCUGACAGCCGCGGCCAUUAAGUCCAGUACCACUACCAACAACAUCAUGAGCACUGAUAUCAACACAAAUAUCAACUCUUCCACCAAAACCAGCCACUUUAACAAGAUCCCUUGGGCUCAUCAUUAUUUAACCAACCCCAUUACUCCCAAUAACAUCCCAACAACUGCCAGUAAUACCACCACUAAUGGAUCCAUUUUCAACAAAACCACCUUGACCAGCUUCAGUAAGAAAAUCACCACUACCGCCAUUACUAACACGACUGACAUCAGCAUCAACAGUAGCAGAGCAUUGGGCGCCUCAGUCGUCCAAUCCUUCCCCAGCAGAGUCCGUCCUGUGUCCUUCUCGCUGCCCAAAAGGAGCUGUGUCCUUCUCCACCAAUCAGCUGCCGUCUUCAUCCAAGGCGGCCGAGGCUCUGACUUGUCAGGGAAACAAGAAGGUGUGACGGCGCAAGAAAGAGCUAAAGAUCUGGGGGCUAAAGAUCAGCGGAUCAAAUCUCCAGUAUCUGCAGACGUGGACAGUGUAGGUGUGGAUCACUGGCACACUGGAAACCAGCGCAGUGUGGACAGUAAAACUGCAAUCCAGCACUCUGAGGUUGGAGCCAAUAUGUCUACUGAGAGGGGGACAGGAGCCCAGGUUUCUUUAUGUAAUCGCAAUGUGAUCAGAGAUGAGGACUCUGUUAACAGUGGGAAUGGAGCCCAGAUCUCCUCAUGUAACGACAGUGGGACUGGAGCCCAAGUCGGCAAUGAAAUUGGGACUGGAGCUCAUCUUUAUUUAAACAGCGGGAUACCAGGACAGAUUUCUGGCAGUGUAAGCACAGUUGUGGCUAAAGAUUCAGCAUGCAGAGAUAGUGAGGCCGAAACCCAUAACAAUGUGGACAAUGUGACAGUAUUAAAUCCUACCCAAGAAUUGAAAGAUCUGCUAUGUCCUGCUACAAAUCAACCUCAGAAAUCGAUUUCCGGUAUUUCAAAUGAGACCAAAGAGUCUUCAAUCCAAACACAGCCCAAAGAUUUAAACUGCUCUCCAUCAAACUGGACUAAAGAAUCAAGUUAUUUGCCUCCAUGUCGUCCCAAAGAGCCGUUUUGUCGUGUCCUGAACCGAGACGGUAGCAGGGUUCUUCUCUGGCCAUCGGAGAUGGUCAGCUACACCAAGACAUCGCCCUCCAUCUCCUACAGCAUCAACCCUCUUCUGUAUGACUUCAGAGCUCAUAACAGGACCAAGGAAGGGGGUGAGGAAAAGAAAGAAGGGCUGGAAGAAGGGUGGGAGGGAAUAAAGCCGUCUGUGAUCAAACAACCUGGCUGCCAACAGAGUCAGGAAGUUAUGGAGAGAGGAAGGGAGGUAAAGAUAGAUGAAAGGGAAGAAGAGGAUGGAGGAGGACAGGCAGGAAAUCCUAUGGAACUUGUAGCCCAUUGUAGCGGCGGCAACGCAGUUCCGGACCGCUGCGCCUGCCGUGAUGAAAGUGCUUUAAAAUUCGUUCCCAUUUCCACAGAAUGCCACCUUGCACCGACGCUAGGCCUUCAAAAAACGGGGAGGAGGAGGAGGAGGAAGAGGAGGGGAGGGGUGAGGAGAGGAAUGAGGAAGAGGGGGAGGAGGAAAAGAGGAGAAGAGACAAACAGAAAAGACCCAGACAGGGGAAGAAGGAUAAUAAGUAGCCUUUCUGAGAAUCUGAUGUCUGAAGGGAGAGGAGAAGAGAGGUUGCAAAGAGAGGGCACAGAAAAAGCAGUGAGGAGAGAAAAAGGACUAUUAAGUAAUCUUGGAGCGCAUCGGCUGGUAGGAGGGAGAGAAAAGAGGAUGAGGGCAGAGGAGAAAAGGAUAAGAAGAGAUGAGACAGAGCAAGAGAGGGCAGGUAGAAAUGACGAGAAGAGAGGAGAGCUAUUAAGUAAUCUUCCUGUGAAUCGCUGUAAUCGGUGUAACCAGCUGUGUCUGCAGGUGAAAAGGGAGGCCAGCCUGCAUCAAUCCCAGCAAUCAGCCUCCGGGUGGGGCCAGGGGCUGAGAAAUCUCCUCUGCAGGGGUGCAGCAUGUAACUCAGUGAUUAGCCCCGUCCCUGGUACUGUUAUAGAGAUGCCAUGCUGUCCUGCAAUUACGCCCGACCCUGCUCAGAAUGACAGAGAGACGGGGGAGAUACACAAAAAUACACAAGCAGGGAAGGAGCCCGGGCGGAGAGAUGAGCAGCAAAGGAAUCUGAGGAAGACAGAGAUAAGAGUUCAGGAUGCUAAAGAAAACGUGUGUAACCUAGUGAUUAGCGGCAUUUCCUUGCCCAGUCAAGACGCAGCAUGUAAGCCAGAAGUUUGUCUUGUUCCUACACCUCAGAGAGAAACAGCAUGUGAUCCAGCGAUUAGCCUUGUCCCUGCUCCCUUUAGAGAAACAGCGUGUAGUCAAAGACAAACAACAUCUGCAGGACACUGCAAUCCAGUGUUAGGCUUGGCCUCACACUGUUCUGGACAACAGACAGAAACACAACCGAGAAUUAGAUCAGCCCGCGCAGACAUGAGCCUCCCUGGCGAAGUGAUUUCAAAAGAUGUGAUGUCAAAGAGAGCAGUAACAGCCGACCAGAGGAAGAGGGGAUUGCCAGAGGCUGGGGAAAUACCGAGGAAGAAACGGAAAAGGGGAAGGAGACAAGGCAGGAGAGUCGUCUGUGUUUUGAGUACACAGAGACAGGAAAGAGCUUGUGUUGGGUUGACUACCGACCUCAGCAUAGAUGAGGCCCCUUGUAUGCAGAAACCCACAAUGGCGCUUAAACUCAAGAGCAACAAGACUGGGACACUUGUGGACGACUACCUGGGGUGCAGCACAACUGAGUGUGGUCCAGUCGGCAGCAGGAGUGAGAAAAACACUGACUGCCACUGUAUUUGCAGGCCAAAACACUGUCUGUGCCAUAAAUCCAAUAACAGUGAGGGAACAUUUAGUUGCAACACAACUGACAAACUGAAUAACUGCUGCCACUGUGAUGACAGUAAAAGUGGCAAUUGCAGUGCUGAUGUCUACAGUCAAUUUGUCUCUGAUCCUUCCGGAGGCGAGGACAGGAGGAAGUGCUUGACUGAGAAACCUCUCAGUGACUGUAACACACCAGGUGACCACAACCAGGGUAAUAAAAAACACAAUCCGAGCUGUAGCAGUACUUUGAUGAAUCAUGACGGCAACGAAGAUGACAAUCAAUCUCCUGAUCAUGUGGAUAAACUUCACACAGCUAACGAGAGUGACAAACCCACCUGUAACAUCGAAGACACGCCUGUGGAUUUACUUUCAAAAGACUUCUUUACCUGUAGCACUAACGAAACACAUGCUGACCACUGUCAAUGCACAAACAAGCAAACAAAGAGUGUCAAAAUAUCCACUGACUCUGAUAUCAGCAACACUACUGACAAAACAGACAAGCGUGGUGAUCGCUGUAACUGUAAAACAAAUGACACAUGUUAUCACAAUUUCAUUUACAACCAUACAGAUAACAAAAGUGGUCACAGUGAGGAGGAUACAACCAAACUGCAGUGUCACAUUCAACACAAAAGGGACCUCUCUCAUUCAGUUAUUGAUUAUAAAACCUGCAGUGGUAUUGAUCAAAGACACGGAAACGGCUGUGAUGAUAUUGACAGUGCGCAGUGUGAUUAUUUUAAAAGUAAUCAUGUCACUGAUUGUAAUCAUUGUGGUAAUGUUGUCGAUAAGAGUAGCGCCAGAAAUGCAACGGAAACUGUUGCACUCAUGAAUGUACAGACGGAGCAGAGAGAAGAGGAAAGAGAUGUUGAGAAGGAGAGAGAGGAGGAGGAACAGAUGGCGAGGAAACGGGUAAAGGAGAAGCAAGAAGAGUGGGAGAAGGAGUGGGUGAGGAGAAAGGAGAAAGAAAAGGAGGACAGGGAGAGAAGGAAGGCGAUAGAUUUUGAACAUCUAUACCCAGAGAAGAGGCCUUACUUUCCUCACGCCCUCCCUCCACAUUGCAUCCCCCUCCACGCUCCUCUCCUUCUCCAGCCUUCCCUCUCCUCCUCUUCCACUUUUUCCUUCCAUCGCACUAUCAUCCAGCAUCACCUCUCCCUCCUCCCGCCUCCGCCGCACCUCCCUCUGAGUGAUGAAAUGCUGAUGCACUUCCUGGCUGCGGCUGCUGAGCUGCUGCCAGCGUUGUCAGUACAGGUGGCGAUCGCAAUGGCCAGCAGCAGUGGAGUGAUUACAGUUCAGGAGCUAAGUGGAUGA